UAUUUCGCGGAAGUGCAAGUUUUUGCAAGGCGUCUGCACGUGAGUUAGUGAGUGUGUGUGUCACAGUACUAGUGGCCCUUUCUUAAGAUCCAAGUGUCUUCGUUAUCAGGGUGUACAAGAUGGCUGAGGCUCCUCCAAGUAAAGCUACAGAUGCCGUCUUAGUGCAGAGCGAAGAAAUGCCGGCAGAUUCUGUUGUGGUGUCAGGUUAUGACUUCAGUAACGGAGUGGACUACCACGCUCUGCUGCAGACAUACCUCACCUCCGGCUUCCAGGCGACCAGCUUCGGCAGGGCUGUGGAGGAAAUCAACAGGAUGUUGGAGAAGAAAGCGGAGCCCCUGCCGGUGGACCCUGAGGAGGACCAGCCCGUGAACCUACACCCCAUGGGUCGCCCCAGGACUAACUGUACCAUCUUCCUGGGCUACACCUCUAACCUCAUCUCAUCUGGAGUCAGGGAAACGCUCCGCUUCCUCACCAAACACAACAUGGUAGACUGUAUAGUGGCUACAGCAGGAGGUAUAGAGGAAGACUUCAUCAAAUGUUUGGCACCAACUUAUCUUGGAGAGUUUCACUUAAAAGGGAAGGACCUUCGUGUGAAAGGUAUCAACAGAAUCGGUAACCUGCUAGUACCUAACGAUAACUACUGUAAGUUUGAAGACUGGAUCAUGCCCAUACUGGACCAGAUGUUACUGGAACAAAAAACACAGGGAACUGUCUGGACUCCCUCCAAGAUGGUCCACAGACUUGGAAAAGAGAUUGACAAUCCAGAUUCUGUGUAUUAUUGGUGUUACAAGAACAACAUCCCAGUGUUCAGCCCAGCCCUCACAGAUGGGUCUAUUGGGGACAUGAUAUAUUUCCACUCCUACAAGAACCCAGGUCUGGUGCUGGAUAUAGUAGAAGAUAUCCGUAGAAUCAACAACAUAGCUGUCCACUCUCAGCACACAGGGAUGAUCAUCCUGGGGGGAGGGCUGGUCAAGCACCACAUCAACAACGCCAACCUGAUGAGGAACGGUGCAGAGUAUGCUGUGUAUGUCAACACUGGACAGGAGUUUGAUGGGUCUGAUGCAGGGGCACGGCCUGAUGAGGCAGUGUCAUGGGGCAAAAUCAAGAUGACUGCCAACCCUGUCAAGGUGUAUGCUGAUGCAACACUUGUGUUUCCCCUACUGGUAGCUGAAACCUUUGCCAAGAACAUCAAGGCACCAACACCUACGUAGCUAACCAUGUAUAUAAGAGAAACAUGGUUUUCAAACUUAAGAGAAAUACAGUCAAACCAGCCCAAGAAGACCACAUCAG